AUUAAACUAAAUCACAUUGCUUAAUUUGUCCAUUCUGCUUGUCUAAAGUGGUUGUCUCUAGCACAAUUUGUUCUUACAGAUGGCGUAUCCUUAACAAUUGCUAAUACAAUAAUCUUGUCAAUUCUUCAUAGGUAAGGUAUUCAGUCUUUGAACAGGUAAAACAGAGACUGCCUCAAAUUUCUGCCUUAAAUUUUAGACACUUGAAAAUCUCCAAUCCAGCUCCUGAAACAACAUAUCUUUACCAUGGUAGUCUGCAACUCUACAACUUCAUGUUUCCAACCCUCUCAUCUCUCUAUGAUUUUCAUUGUCUUCAUAUUGGUGAUCCCAUUUGUUAGCUCAUUAUCCUUCAACUUCACCAGCUUUGAUACCAACGAUAAGAACAUAACCUAUGAGAGAAGUGCCAGCCCUUCCAAUAACGCCAUUCAAAUGACCUUAAACCUGAAUGGCCAGCCUACGACUGCCAGACUUGGUCGUGCGACGUAUUCUGAGCCGAUGCACCUUUGGGACAAGGCCUCAGGAAACCUUACAGACUUCACCACUCAUUUCUCCUUUGUCAUUGAUUCGGAGUUCAGGACUUUUUAUGGAGAUGGGAUUGCUUUCUUUCUUGCGCCUCAAGGUUCACGAAUUCCAGAUAAUGCCACCAGAGGUGGUACUCUGGCUCUUACAAAUGAUGGUGACGAAUUGAACUUCACAAGAAAUUCGUUUGUCGCGGUGGAGUUUGAUGUAUUUUCAAACUUUUUCGAUCCUCCAGGCGAACAUGUAGGUAUUGACAUUAAUUCAUUGCAAUCUGCAAGUAAUGUGACUUGGUAUUGUAAUAUUACAGGAGGGAAAACGAAUGAUGCUUGGAUCACUUAUAAUUCCAGUACAAAAAAUUUGAGUGUUGUUUUCACUGAUUUUGGGAACAAUAUUACGUUGAGACAGCAGCUUUUCCAUGUAGUUGAUCUGAGGGAUUACCUUCCAGAAUGGGUUACUUUUGGCUUCUCUGCUGCCACCGGAAAUGCUUCGGCCAUACAUACCGUUUACUCUUGGGAAUUCAGCUCAACCUUACAAAUCAAUGCUACAUCUCCUCCAAGCCCUGAUCCUCAAUGUUGUCGACCAAGAAAAAACAAAACAUGGCUUGGAGUGGGAUUAGGUGUUGGUGGGAGUCUGUUACUAGUUGGUUUAGUUUUUGUCUGGUUUGCUGCUACUCAUAGGCAGAGAGAUGCUGAUGAAGAACAGGAUGAUCAUGUCCUCCAUGAUUUCAUCAAUGAUGAACAUGAUAGCGAAAGAGGACCGAAGAAGUUUUCUUACAAUGAAUUGGCACAUGCUACGAAUAAUUUCAAUGGGGAAGCAAAAUUAGGAGAGGGAGGUUUUGGAGGGGUUUACAAAGGAUUUUUGGGGGAUCUGAAUUCAUAUGUUGCUGUCAAAAGGAUUUCAAGUGGGUCUAAGCAGGGAGUUAAAGAGUUUGCAGCAGAAGUAAAUAUCAUAAGCAGAUUGAGGCACAGGAACUUGGUAAAACUCAUUGGUUGGUGUCAUGAAAGAAAAGAAUUGCUGCUUGUUUAUGAGUACAUGCCAAAAGGAAGCUUAUAUUCUCAUCUUUUCGAGCACAAUAGCUUGCUGACAUGGAAGGUGAGAUAUAAAAUCGCGCAAGGAUUGGCCUCAGGGCUACUCUACUUACACGAAGAAUUGGAACAGUGCGUCGUCCAUCGAGACAUAAAGACCAGCAACAUAAUGUUGGAUUCAAAUUUCAAUGCUAAACUUGGGGAUUUUGGUUUGGCAAGGCUUGUGGACCAUGAAAAAGGAUCACAAACCACAAUUUUGGCAGGAACUAUGGGCUACAUGGCUCCUGAAUGUGCAACAACGGGCAAGGCUAGCCGGGAAACAGAUGUCUACAGCUUUGGAAUUGUUGCUCUUGAAAUCAGUUGUGGAAGAAAACCCAUCAACCACAAGGCUGUUCAAGCUGAAACACAUUUAGUGAGUUGGGUUUGGGAGCUUUAUGGAUGUGGAAAGUUACUUGAAGCUGCUGAUCCAAAACUGUCAGGAGAGUUUGAUGAGCAACAAAUGCAAAGAUUGAUGAUUGUUGGACUAGGUUGUGCUCAUCCUGAUGAAAAUUUACGACUGUCGAUUAGGCAAGCGAUUAAUGUUCUUAAUUUUGAAUCUCCAUUGCCAGUUCUUCCAUCAAAGAUGCCGGUACCAACCUACUUCGCUCCACCAAUGAAUGCAGCUUCAGUUUUAUUGCCAUAUUCUGCUACGUAUUCUGAAGGUGGUACUGGUGGGUACCAAUCUUCUAGUGUUGUCUACAACACUGGUUCCUCACAGGGCACCUCGUCUAGCGAUCAAACUUCUUCGACUGUCUCACUUCUGCACAUCAGCUGA